AUCUAUCUUUAAAGCAUCUGACGUACAAUUUUAUCUUUUUUAUUAUCCGGGUAUUGACUAACUUUUUGGGUUCGUCAACAAGUAUUAUGGAGUACAGACAGUGUAAGUCGCGUAUAAAAUGGCUGGGGCAAUCGCCGUAAAAUUAGAUUAACUCUGUAGAUCAAAGAAUACAGUCAACAGAAUAAUAUCGAAUACAAUUCGUAUACGGUUUAAAACCUACAACUCUCUGGGUAAAACGAAAAUUAAGAAGAAAUAAAUAAAAACAUAGAAAAAAGAUAAAACAAAAAAAUGUUUUCUUUGCGAGCUGUUUGGAUUGGAAUCGCGGCGCUUUUGUCCCAGACAGGUCACGUGACAUCACAUGGACGCUUGAUUCAGCCGGCACAGAGGUCGUCUGCGUGGAGAUUCGGAUAUGAUAACCCCAUAAACUACAACGACAAUGAGCUGUUCUGUGGAGGGGCUGGGGUACAAUGGAACUCUGAAAAUAAUGGUCGCUGCGGUGUGUGUGGGGAUCCUUUUAACGCCGCAGUUAAACCGAAUGAAGAUAUAAAUGGCACAUACGUCAAAAAUGGCGUCAUCACCGGAAGUUACGUCAAAGGGGACGUUUUAAACACAAAGGUUGACAUCACUGCUUAUCAUAGGGGCUGGUUCGAAUUUAGACUUUGUCCUUUGGCGACACCAAACACUAAGGUGACACAGGAAUGUUUGAACCAGACUUUACUUAAGGUAGAAAAUUCGAACACUUCCAGGAUAAUUUUAGAUGAUGUUAAAGUCGGAUCUGGAGUGGAAGUAUAUAACAUCAACCUUCAGUUGCCUCCCACUAUAACGUGUGAAAGAUGCGUGCUGCAGUGGAAGUAUAAUACUGGAAACAGUUGGGGUUGUGAGUCUAAAGGUUGCUGUAUCGGCUGCGGAAGGCAAGAGAACUUCGUCAAUUGCGCAGAUAUUAAAAUUUCUGACGUACAGUCCACAACAGAAAGGAGUUCGUCCGCCAGCCAAUCAGCUACUAUGACCGCAUUAACAUCAUCGGUAAAAUCGACCACGUCAUUUUCAACAAAUUCGACAAAAACUACAUCUGCACCGAAAACAGCUUCAACAACCCCGGCUACAACGUCUUCAACAAGCUUACUAACUACCUCAUCAGCAGCAAGCACAGAAUCAUCUUCAUCAAGUACCAGCUCUCAAACAUCAUCGCUAUCAUCCGUCAUAUCAUCAUCAUCAUCAACAACAACAACGUCAAACGGACACACGAUUUUAACUUGUUCGUCGAAUCUGUCCUGUAUAGCAGUGGCUCCCUACUCGAGUGUACCUGGUAUGGCCACAUGGUGCUGCAAUAAUUGUUUGCGAGGUUUUUGUCCGUCUAGUCAUUGUUCGUGUACAAACAGUUGAGAGAAAUUUGUAUUCCAAUCACUAAACAGUGUGGUAAAAUGUGGUCUGUCAGUUAAGGAAAAUAGUCUAAUACUUUAGUGAUGUCAUACCGGGUAGUCCUCAUAAGUUUUUAAAGUAUAGAAUAUUUAUAUGUCGUUCUGUGUUAUCAUUGGUCAGCCAAUAUGGUAUCAAUAAAAUACUUUGUUAAACAUUUUUUACAAGUUCUCAUUAUAUAUUCAAUUUGUCAGUUCGUAACAUUGAUAUCUGUGUUAAUUUUGGUUAAUGAUAUCUUUAAUGCCCUGAUUAAGGCUGUUCAGGAGUUUUGAUUUUGGUAAAAUUUCAUUGAUAUUCCAUAGUAUUUUAGUUUACAUAGUAGUUUUUAGAUAUUUGGUGUGUAAACAUCAUCUUAAGGCUGAUUUAUGGUUUUUCUAUCACUGAAAUGCCCUUAAGUACAGAAAAUGAUGUCUGUAGAUAGAAUUAUUUAUAAGAAAUAAAGAAGGAAAUAAUUAGUAUUUUGCAACUUGCUCACAGCCUCGUUUUGAAAACUCUUCCGUUUCAUCCACCAUUUCUGGCGAAUAUGCACCGACCGUAGUUUGCAUUGAUCGUAAUCUGACUUUCAUAUACCAAAGCGUAGCGUUAAGAUUGAAUAGCACUUUGUAAUUUUUUUACAACCCGCAUACGAUUUUGAUAUCAUAUUAAAGUAGAAGUUAUCCCCGGCAUGCAUGUGCAACUGUUUUCUUGGUUAUUAGUGAAACUUUUUAGCUAUGACGUCACCAUGCACGUCUGUUUUGGCGCCACGUUAAAAAGCGAUAAAAAAUCGGUUUAUUUUCUCUCAUUUGUUUAUUUUUCAAUUUACGGCACUGGAAUUACAUCUUUAUGUGUGUUAUCAUACAAAGGUCUACGGCGCUGGAUAGUAGUUGUCACUUUUGUUUUCAACACGAUGGAAAAAAUGAACUAAAACGACAUUCUCAAAAUUUUAGUUUUAUUGAAAAAUCGCAUACUCGUUAAAUUAACGGGAAAACGGCUCGAAAUUUUUUUGCCAAAAUUUUAUAUAUUUAACAUAAAUUAUGUUUAAUAAAAUUUUAAAAAAUUGAGAACUUUUACCUUCUAGUAUUCUUUUUAAUCACUGAUUGUGUCCCCUAUCCGACGAACAAAAUGUGACGUAAAAGUACGUUCUUAGAUAAAACGCGGGUAUGGUUUCGUAAGAAUAAUCUCUAUACUUAAAAAGGCGUGUAUGAACUGAAUGUUCCCCUAUAAAUGUACUUCAUUUUUCUCAAUUCUUAAUUGUUUUAUAAUAAAAAUAUUUCGUGAAUGAAUUUCAUAAAAAUUCUGUUUCCAGAUCUUGUUAAAUCUGGCAAAAAUGUGCCGUCAUGUAGGCAAUCAAAGUCAUUUAUAAAUAUACCGAUUUUUAAUUUUUUACGAAAAGAAAAUUGUUUGAAAAUUUUAAUAGCUUAAGAAUGUAAAAGCUGAAGAACGUUAAAGAAGGAUCUCGAGCCCGCCCGCCCGCUUCGCUCGGUAGUGAAAGCGCAGAUCUGCGGAUUCGUGAGUUCGAGCCCUGAGCGAGGCGUACCUUCUCCGUGACGAUAUGAUAAAAGACAGUGUCUGAAAUCAUUCGUCCUCCACAAAUCAUUCGUCCUCCACCUCCGAUUCAUGGGGGGAAGUUGGCAGUUACUAAGCGGAGAACAUGUUUGUACUGGUACAGAAUCCAGGAAGACUGUUUGGUCAACUGUCCACCGUUCCAUAACUGAAAUACUGUUGAAAAAUCCAAGACAAACAAACAAAAGAAGAAUCUCAUGACAACAGUGAGGUCACACGAACAUUAUGACAUAACGUAUUCAAUCAAGUGUAGUGAUAAAAACAAUGUUUUACAGGAAGCCUUUUCCACAGGUAAAAUAUCUUCUUUUUUUAACAGUGAUUAGUAGUGUUUGACAAUACCUUGUUUUCCUUUGAAUUAUAGUACUUUGCAGUGAUAGAUAUAUACAUGUUUAGAUUUUAUACAUGUACUUUUACCUUUGCUGGUAACUUGAGUGAGAGCUCGUGCUUUAUUUUGUUUAGCGCAAGAGCUGUCGCAGUUUUGAUCAUUUCAGUUUCAGUUCACGCUUAUUAUUACAUUGAUGAAUAAAAAUUCCAUAUUC